AUGGAACAAGGCGAUCUAUCUGUUUUAGUUUUUGGAUCAAGUGGAUUCAUAGGAAGUAAAGUUGUCAGUCUUUUCGAAUCGAACAGAGCUGUACUAAGAGUUAUACAUGCGAAAUCAAGAUUGGAAAACAGACAGGACAUUGAGAAUGAAAUACUUGAAACCAAACCAAAUAGAAUUGUAAAUUGUGCUGGUCUUACAGGUAGACCAAACAUAGAUUGGUGUGAAGAUCAUAAAGUUGAAACUAUCAGAACAAAUGUUAUUGGACACCUAAACCUUUUGGACAUUGCCAAUAAAUAUAAUAUACAUCUAACGGUGUUUGGAACAGGAUGUCUCUAUCAAUAUGAUAAUGAUAAACAUUCACUAAAUUCAGACAAAGGAUUUACAGAAGAGGAUCCAUUCAACUAUAGUGGUUCUUUCUAUUCUAAAACUAAAGGUAUAAUGGAAGAGUUAACAUCAUGCUAUUCAAAUGUUCUGACACUAAGAGUUAGAUUACCGAUAUCAGAUUCAAUGGAUGAAGAACGUAAUCUAGUUAGAAAACUAAUCGGCUAUGAGAAAGUAAUUAAUGUUAAGAAUUCAAUGACCGUACUCUAUGAUUUGCUACCAGUUGCCGUUGAUAUGUGUAUAAUGUCACGUCUUGGUGUCUAUAACUUUACCAACCCAGGUACGAUUUCACACAAUGAGAUACUGGAUCUCUAUAAGCAGUAUAUCGAUCCAACCUAUCAAUAUAAAAACUUCACUGUCGACGAGCAAUCCAAGAUCUUAAAGUCAGGUCGAUGCAACUGUGAGCUAGACACCACCAAACUACAAUCCCUAUACCCAUCGAUACCUCAUAUCUCUGAUUCAAUUAAUUUGGAACAUUCAUCAUUUAUAAAGAUGCAUUAUCUAAAGAGAAAGACAAAGUCAGCUACAUCAUUCUUUGGUGUUGGAACAUCAGCUUCUGAUAAUGAAAACCAAACUACAUAUAUAGAUAGUGAGGAUAUUGUUAUGGAUAAUGACGAUGAUCACACUCCAUCAUCGUCAUCAUCACUUUCAUCACCUUCAACAUCUUCGCCAUCAUUACAAUCAUCUACACAAAAACAACCAUUACCAUCAUUUUCAAACAACAGUAAUAGCAAUAACAACAAUAUUAAUAGAUCAUCAACUAAAGAAUAUGAUAUUCAAGUUAAAUUCGAUAUUCCCAACUCUAUAAAGUUGGCUAUCGACCAAUCGUACAAUGAUAGCAACGAUCAUAUUGUAAUCACUGGUUUCAUUAACUAUCAGGGUGUAGCUUUUAUUAUACUACCAAACGAAUUGUAUAUUUGGAGUUUAGAUAAAACAACAUCAUAUGAUAAAUUAGAACUACCAUAUCAGAUGGAUGUAAAUCAAAUAUGUGUAACCAGAAACAAGAAGAACUACGACACAUACACAGCAUUCUAUGUUACAAACGAUGGUUCUGUGAGAUACUGGUCACAAACAAACAGACCUUCACAAUCACAAGAUAUCUCUUUAGAUUAUAGAACAAAUACCAAUGUAUUCAUUACUGAAUGUGAUCCAUUUGGUGUUGUUAUUGCUAAUGCAUUGGGAACUAUUCAUCUUGUUAGCAUUGGAAAAGGUACUAAUACACUGACAUCAAAGAUGAUCAACAAAUCACAAGGUCUAUUGGGAUAUCUUUAUUUGGCUAAGCAACCACCCGUUCUAACGGUACUAUCAGUUCCACAAGUAACAAGUGCACAACGUCAAGUCUAUGUAUUGACAGAGAAUUCACUUAUCAAAUAUGAAAUCAAUGAGAAUGGCGAAAGAGUAUUAUUAGAGUAUUCAUUACAAAGAGAUAUACAACAAUUGUUCAACUUGACAGGAAAUGUAAAAUUGGUUGACUUGUCAUUGGAUUCAGACAGUCAAGACGAAUGCGAUACAAUCAGUAUAUUGGUACAACAUCUCAUCAAUCAACAAUCAAAGAGAUUCUAUUUGAUGUCAUUACAAGUAAAGCAGAAUCAAGUACACAAUUCAAAGAAGAUUGAUAAUCUUUAUUAUCAAUGUAAUGAAAAUCAAUAUGAAUUCAAUAGUAAACCAAAAGUUAUGUCUAUAAUGAAGAAACAUUGUAUCUAUUGGUUGGAUACGAUCUAUUAUUUCUCAGAGUAUCAAUUCAAGGGACGUACACACUCUAGUGGUACUAUCAGAUUGGAAUACCCAAUGAUUGCUGCUGGUGUUACAAAGAAUGAGUUCUUUUUCAUCGAUAGACCCAAUGCCGUUCAGAAUCUAAGUAUUCCACCAUUGCCAGUAGAUUUACCUCAAAAUGAUAGAUCGAAUGAAUUGAACAUAAUCUUUGAUAUACCAGAAGAAGAAGAUCAAAUUGGAUCAAUUAGAAAUAUAUUGUUAAGAUCGUUGAAUAGCUAUGCAAUGAAGAGACAGAAUGCUUUGCAACAGUCACUCGAAGUCUGUGCCAAGAUCGAUAAGAAAUCUUUUGAUUUGGCCGCGCGAAGAGUAUCUGCGUAUAUUGUCGACCAGCUACCAGCUGCCAACUAUUGGGCGUCGGGCACAGACGUUCUUCACCACUUGGGUUCGAAUAUGUCGGUGCAACUGAAGCAGCAGAUCGAAGACAAGAGAAAACGCUAUCAGAUAUUCACUGCAUUCCUUCAGGAGUUUGGCUUCAAGUCGCAACUCUCUAGAGAUACACAAGCCGCUAUCGACGCCAAUCAAUGCCGUCUCGCUGCAGCUGCCGACCUCCGUGACUUCCAGAACCUCCAGGAAGGCAGCUCAACUCUGCUGACUCGCCUGAUUCAAGCUGCAGUAUCGGCACGUCUCGGUGCCAACUGGCAAAACUCUGCAAUGAAUGUCUACGAGCUGUUCUACUCGAACAUCAGUAUGCUCGACGACAUUCUCCUGCUCAUCGUCAAGGAACUACGUGAUAUCGACAUCAACUACACCGAUUCACUGCUCAAGCUAAAGACAUUGUUAGAGGCAGACAGUAUUGCUUUGAAGUUACUAAGUAACUAUACACCAAACAUGUUGGUAAAUCAACAACAACAACAACAACAACAAUCUACUGGUACCGAUCCAAUCUAUUUAAUGGUUAGACUCCAAAUCGAUACAAUCAAUCGUUUUAUAGAGACGGAUCUCAAGACUGGUCCUGCAAACUUCCUUUUGACAAAGCUGUCCGAUGCCAGCUUGGCUCACUCUGAACAUACGCUGUAUGAGCAGCUGCACGAUCUCGUUGUAGUCUACUUGGAUGCCGUUAGGUUCAGUGCCAGCACCGACAAUGAACUCAAAUCAAUCCACAACUUGGCAACACAAAUGAAUGCAACAUUCGUACAGAGUGGACGUUUCGCUGCAGCUCUGGAUAUUGCUCAUCGUUUCUCUGACUAUCACACCAUCGUUCAAGUGUAUAUCAAUGACACCGACAACCGUGAACAACAACACAAGAUGCUUAUCAUAUCACUUCGUACAUUCUUGAACAACAGCAGCAGCAGCAAUAGUCAAUCGAAUGACUACUCUGAAUCCAUCACAAGAGUGUAUCAAUACAUGUUGGACUGUGGUUUAAGACAAGAGCUAUUGCAACUACCAGAGGAAUUCAGUCAGUCUGUUACUCGCUACCUUGAGAGCUACCCACAGAUAUCAUGGGUCAACUCACUCAAGCACAAACAAUGGAACGCAGCAGCCAAGACACUCCUUGAGGAAUCACAACGUGAAAACCAAAGUCUUUCACGUAAGAAGACACUCAUGAGCUUAGCUAAGCUUUCGUUACUUGCAGAGGAGAAAGAACCGUCGUCCAAGCUAGACAAAACUAUCGACACCACCAAUCAACGUUUGGAACUCAUCAAAAUACAAAAAGAAUUUCUUCCAGACCAAAAGACACCUAUCACUCCAGCGGAACUCAUCAAGGAGAUAUUGAAUUCCAAUGGAUAUCGACCAAUGGAUAAAUAUGCAAUCUGUUUAAAUACAUUAGAGGAAUCAAAUAUGAUUAUUAAACCAGAAGAAAGAAUUAAACUAUUUAAAUUGAUUCUAUUGAAUGCAUUUGAUAAUGGAGGUGCUGUUGAAUUAAGUUCGAAUUUAGUUGAACAUAUCAAUAUCAGUGACACACAAUUUGAUUUGUUAAUAUAUGAAACCGACUUUUUCCAAUUGCUACAUCAUUUACCAACAGAUCCAGAGACAACAAGCAUCAUUAAAUCAUUCAUUGACGAAUACCACCAAGAAAGACAAAAACAAAUUUUAAAUCAAGCACAAAAAGGACAAUUCACUCGUAUUCUUCAUAGAGUAUUGGAGCUAUGCAAACAAGAAUAA